AUGUACAUGGAUUCCACAGGUGGUGGUUCCUCUUGUUGGCUCUAUGAUUAUGGCUAUGAUAUCUCUCUCUCUGCUGCUGAUUUCAUGGCUUCUUCUGAUCAUCACUCUUCUGCUGUUGAUUUCAUGGCUUCUUCUGAUCAUCACUCUUCUGCUGCUGCUUUCAACUGGAUGCCUCACUCUCAGACUCACAUCCUCAACCCUCCUUCCUCCAAUAUCAGCUUGGAAAUGGAAUACUCAUUAGAUUCUACUGUCUUCGAAAAUGGCCCUUCAAAGCCUUCAAAGCGCUUGCAAAUGGAGUACUCAUUAGAUUCAACUAUACUCGAAAAUGUCUCUUCAAAGCGGUUAAGGACAGAAUCAUAUGCUUCUGGCUCGAAGGCAGGUCGCGAGAAAGUGAGAAGGGAUAAACUGAAUGAUAAGUUUCUGGAAUUGAGUUCUGUCUUAGAGCCUGACACACUGCCCAAGACAGACAAGGUUACCUUAUUAAACGAUGCGGUUCGUGUGGUGACUCAAUUAAGAAAUGAAGCACAGAGGCUCAAGGAAAGGAACGAUGAAUUACGCGAAAAAGUUAAAGAACUUAAGGCUGAGAAGAAUGAGCUUCGUGACGAGAAGAAUAAGCUGAAGCUAGACAAAGAAAAGCUGGAGCAACAAGUGAAAUUAACAAGUGUACAGUCAAGCUUCCUCUCUAAUGCCAUGGCUUCUAAAGCACAAACUGCUGGCCACAAGCUGAUGCCAUUCAUUGGUUAUCCUGGAAUUUCAAUGUGGCAGUUUAUGUCACCUGCUACAAUUGAUACAUCACAAGAUCAUCUCCUUCGACCACCCGUUGCUUAA